AUGGAGGUAACACCAUUUGCUGCUGCUCUUGCUGCUCUUGAUGCUCCUUCUGCUGCAGCAGUUAAUGCUGCAGCAGCAGCAGCAGUUCCUACAGCAGCAGCAGCAGUUCCUGCUGCUGCACCUCCUAUUCCUUCUUCCUCCUCCUCUUCCUCAUCCUCCCCCUUAUCAGCAACCGACGCAGCAGCAGCCGAUGCAGCAGCAGCAGCUGAAGCAGCAAUAGCUGAAGCCGAAGCAGCAGCAGCAGCAGCAGCAGCAGCAGCAGCACUAGAGGAAGCAACAGGUACAAGUACAGGCUGCGGAGGAUUUGCUGCUGCUAUAGAGGCUGUGUCUGUGUCUUAUAGCGGCAGCUUUUGCUGCAUACAUGCAGCAGCAGAAUAUAGUAAGAAAAUAAAAGUAUAUGCAGAUAUAGCAGCACAAUCCUUAAUAAUUGCUGCUGCUGCUGCUGCUGAUAAUGAUACUGAGGAAGCAGCAGCAGCAGCAGAUGCAGCAGAUGCAGCAGCAGCAGAGGAUAUAACCUCUGCUUCUUAUUUACCUACAGAGUGCCGUAUACAGCUGCCUAGACACUGCUACCUAGCAGCAGCAGCAGCAGCAACUUAUUCUUUCUCUCCUUUCUUACUAGAUGUUAAUAAGGAGACAACUAUUCCUUAUAUUGAGGACACACAGGCAGGUACAGCAGCAGCUGCUGCUGCAGCAGCAGCAGCUGCUGCUGCUGCUAUUGCUGCUCCUGUUGGUGCAUCUCCUGAUGGUGCUGUUCCUGGUGCUGCUGCUCCUGUUGCUGCUCCUGCUGGGGCCUCUCCUGCUGCGGCCUCUCCUGCUGCUGUUGUAUCACCUGCAGCAGCAGAAACAGAAAAAGCAGCAGAAACAGCAGAAACAGCAGAAACAGCAGAAACAGCAACAACAGCAGCAACUGUAGCAACGGCAGCAACAGCAGCAACAGCAGAACCGGCAGAAGAAGGCAGCAGCAGGCUGAGCGGUGGAGAGGAAGAGAGCAAAGAAGAAGAAGGAGACAGAUUAGGAGACACUAUAGACAAGAGGGAAGUAACAGACAACCACGAAGGAGAUAGCAAAGAAGGAGACAGCGUGGAGAAAGGAGACAGCGUGGAGAAAGGAGACAGCGUAGAGAAGGGAGGCAGCGUAGAGAAAGGAGACAGCGUAGAGAAAGGAGACAGUCUUGUAGAAGGAGACAGCAAGGAGAAAGGAGACACCCAAGAGGAAUUAUUAGAAGGACAAGAGAAAGGAGACAGCAAGAAGGGAGACAGUGUGGAGAAAGGAGACAGUGAGGAGGAAGGAGGCAGCAAGAAAGAAGAAAGCCAGGAGAAAGAAGAUAACAAGAAAGGAGACAGCGAGGAGAAGGGAGACACACAUAGGGAAGGAGACAGCAGCAAAGGAGACAGCAGCCAAGCCAUACAAGAGAAGGGAGACAGUGAAGAAAAAGGAGACAUAGAGGAGAAAGGAGACAGUCAAGAGAAGAGAGACGGCAGCAAAGGAGAGAGCCAAGAGAAAGGAGACAGUCACGAGAAAGGAGACAGCAGCAAGGUAGAGAACGAAGAGAAAGGAGACAUCAGCAAGGGAGACAGCCGUCAGGAAGGAGGAGACAGUCAAGAGAAAGGAGACACCUUUGUAGGAGACACUAAGGAAGGAGAGAGUCAAGAGAAAGGAGACAGCAACAAAGGAGACAGUCAGGAGAAAGGAGACAGACAGGAGAAAGGAGACAACAGCAAAGGAGACAACAGCAAAGGAGACACUAAAGAGGAAGGAGACAUUAAGAAGGAAGACAUUCAAUUACAAGGAGACACUAAUAAAGGAGACAGUCAAGAAAAAGGAGACACUAUACAAGGAGACAGUAGGGAGAAAGGGGACAGUAAUAAAGGAGACAGUCAGGAGAAAGGAGACACUAUACAAGGAGACAGUCAGGAGAAAGGAGACACUAUACAAGGAGACAGUCAGGAGAAGGGAGACACCCAAGAGGAAGGAGACACCCAAGAGAAGGGAGACAAUAAAGAAGCCAAUAAAGGGGACAAUAAAGAAGAAGGAGACAAUAAAGAGAAUAAAGGAGACAAUAAAGGAGACAAUAAAGGAAAAGGAGACAAUAAAAAAGGAGACAGUCCCCCUCUUAUAGGAGAAGGACAACAUUUAUAUCAAUAUAUACAAAUACAAUUUAGGCCUUUACCUAAAUAUAAAUUAACAUCUACUAUUAAUAUUCAGGUGUCUAGGCACCUAGGAGCAGGAAGUAAUUAA